CCAUUAUUGAAGUGAUGUGGCGGGUGUGUUGAAGACUAGCAUUGUUACUGUUAUUGUGUUGCUGCUGUGUUACUGUGUUGCUGCUGUGUUACUGUGUUGCUACUGUGUUGCUGUUGCUGCUAUAUUAGUGUGUUACUGUUGGUGUUGUGUGCUACACACCUUCACCAUCAUAAUGUCACUUGCUCACCAUCAAGUGGGUCUCCUGGACGAGCUUGCAGGAGUGAGUGACCAGUAUCUAACAGUGAUGCAAGACCAGAACUCAGAACCCUGCAACAUACAACCUCAACAGGCCUCUUGUGAGAACCGUAAAUGUCUUGGGGUUCUCGACUCCAACUUGCCAAACCAGUCUCGCAUCAUGAUCACAUCAAACACAAGCCUUAAACAUCAUUUUUCGUCCAGGGGCAAGAAGAGAAAGAGCAGUGAGAAUUGUGAUAUUACAAAGACAAAGCGCAAGGAUAGAAUUUAUGAAGACCCUAUACCACCUCUUGUCAAGAAGAAGACUACUUUUGUUGCAGUUGCUGUUCAGACAGACAAAAUGCAUCCCUCCAUCAACAUAGUGCCAGACGAGUCAAAAGUAGAAGUGCCCAAUAUCUCAAAAGUUGACAAAACUAUUAACAUGUUAACAUGUGAUAAUGCUCCAUCUGAAUAUUGGGAAAGCUUAGCAGAGAAAAGACGCAUUGCACUAGAAGAAACCUUAACUGAAAACCAUAGACUCCAUGAAGAAAAUGUAAAUCUUAAACAAGAGGUAUCAGAAUUAAAAAAGGAGAAUACUCUCCUGGAGGAGAUGAUUGAUGAAGCAAAACAUCUUGCACUGUUAGUAGAGUCUCUUACAGGUGAAGUAGACUCGAAAGAACAUCAAGCAAACAAAUAAGAUGUGGAGGGCUCCUGAAGUGAUGUGUAAAUAUUGGUAAUGAAGAUGUUGCAUGAUAGUUACUACUGCUCCUGCUUGUCACUAUUUUAAGAAAUUUUCAGUCCAUAUAAUCUUGACUUGUGUUGUAUAUAAGUUAAUGUGAAUUAAAUUUCCAAGUGUAUUUAUGUAUUUUUCAUUAGGUUCUUAGUCAGGUACUGAUGACAUGAUUUGAAUUUUAUCUUUUGUAUUAUGUAAUUUUGCUUCCUAACCAAAUAUUUUAACUUGAAUGAUAUUUUUGUUUAGUAAAUAAGACGAACCGUGGGUGAAAUAAAUUUUAAAUACUGAU